CUCCCACCGUGGUGCUGAGCCUGCGACGUUGGAUGAGGAAAAAAAAAGAAAAUCUCCUUCUUUGCUCCAGCCAACGGACGCGUAAUUUGGAAGAGAAACGAGUGAAGCUCAAGGCUCACUUCUGUCUCCCACAGCCCCGAGAGAACCGGUGACGACUUGCCGAAAAAUCCAAGAAGAGCAAGUAAUUUGGGCGACCAUCGCCUGACCACUUCUGGAAAAACCUUUCCUGACCGGAAAAUCUCCAUAAAGGAUACACGCCGGGAAGGAAAAGAAGAGUCUUUUUUGUGUUAAACACAACUGAGAAGUUCAGAGGAGAAAAAAAAAGACAGGAAACAGAUCCUCAGAUUCUUCCAAGGAUCCAUCCAUCAACUGAGUCCUAGGGAGAGAGCAUGAAGACGUAUUGUGUCAACUCACUCUGCAGUCAAACUAGAUAUGACAUAAUUUGGGCCCCGUGCUAAUCCCCGUGAUGCUGAGACUGGCAUUGUGAAGCCUUCACCCCUUUUUUAGCACCCAACCCAGACCCAUCUCCUCUUUUGAAAUCCUUCCUAGCAACUGUCGUUGCUUCCCUUACUCCUAUAAACACACUCUCCUUCCUUUCCUGUCUGCACCUCCACCUCGCUCCUAUCAACGUUUUUCCCCUUUUCUCCUUUUCUAUUUCCCUGGCAUCAUGCAUGAUUCUACCACCUCCUCUCUCAUUCUCCUUAUUCUUCCCUCCCUCCUAUUCGUCUCCUAUUUCCCCAACAUGGCCAACGGUGACUGCUGGCUCAUUGAAGGGGACAAAGGCUAUGUAUGGCUGGCUAUAUGUAGCCAGAACCAGCCACCGUACGAGACUAUACCCCAGCACAUCAACAACACUGUUCAUGAUUUGAGACUGAAUGAGAACAAGCUGAAAGCUGUGCUCUUCAGUUCCAUGUACCGCUUCACCAACUUGACUGACCUCAACCUCACCAAGAAUGAAAUCAGUUACAUUGAGGACGGAGCCUUUGCAGGUCAAGCCAAUCUCCAGGUUCUUCAGCUGGGCUACAACAAGUUAACAAAUUUAACUGAGGGUAUGAUGAGAGGACUUGGACGCAUGCAGUGCCUGUUCCUGCAGCACAACCUCAUUGAGGUUAUUGCCAGCAAUGCAUUCUGGGAGUGCCCCAGUCUCAGCAGUAUUGACCUGUCAUCCAACAAACUGGCCCGCAUCGACCCGUCGACGUUCACGACCCUCAGUCGGUUGAUGGUGUGUGAACUGGCGGCGAAUCCAUUCCAUUGCGGUUGUGAUCUUUAUAGCUUCCUAACCUGGCUGGAGUUCUUCAACAAUGUCUCACACACCUAUGACCGCCUCCAGUGCGAAACCCCUCGGGAAAUGUUCGGCUUCCCCUUACUCAGUCCCAUUGCUGCCGGCCACGCUGGUCGGAAUGCUAAAAACAUUUUGUACCAUCACUGCCGGGAUGGUGUGAUGAUUCCAGGAAUGACCUCGCUCCCACCGGAUCUGGAAGGUCCUUCUGGGAUUGGCCCGGAGAUGUUCGGCGGCGUGGGGCCGUACCACCAGCCCACCACCUCUUCCUCAUCUACAGACGACAGCUUCAGCCCCAGCAUUAAGCUCCAGCAUGUCUCUUUGUCAUCAGCUUCUCUCCUUGUGAAGAUCCCGAGGCCCUACAGCAAGAUGUAUAUUCUAACACAGUAUAAUCACACAUACGUGUCCGAUGUGAUGAAUUUGAAGAACAAGAAGGAGAUGAUCACCCUCAACAAGCUCAAACCGCACAACAAUUACACCUUCUGUGUAGCAUCCAUCCGCAACUCUCAGCGCUAUAACCACACCUGUCUCCAGUUUUCUACUCGGGGUCAACCCCAAGACGACAUGCUCCCAAAACCUUCCACCACUACUCAUUAUAUCAUGACCAUUGUGGGCUGUCUGUUUGGGAUGCUCAUUGUCUUAGGAUUCGUCUACUAUUGUCUGCGUAAGAAGCGGAUGCAUGACGAGAAGAAGAAAUCUAUCUGUGUCAAGAAAACAAUACUGGAAAUGCGCUAUGGGCCAGAGGUGGCGGCAGCAGUAGCAAAUGAUCCAUCGGCAGUCCACAAGCUUCAGGAACAGUCCCGGGAACAUCAUCAGUAUCAGCAUCACCAUGGAGGAAAACUGCCCAUGUCCACCUCCUCAAGCUCUGGAAUGCUACACUCGGCAAACACCACUUCCUCAAGACUUUCUUCUAUCCCUCAAGUGGAAAAGAUGGCCACGGCCUUUUCAGAGGCUAUGUCUACAAGCAAAGGAAACUAUAUGGAUGUCAGAACUGGAGGGGCAGGGAUGGAUCGGGUGGGAGAUGGUGGACAUGGAGGGAUGAGGGGGGAAGACUUGAGGGACCACGAUGGAUCUGAUCUUGGCGAUGACUCUGAUGAUGAUGGACACGGCUCUGCCUCAGAGAUCUCCACAAUUGCCAUGGAGGUGGACAAGGUUAACCAGAUCAUUAACAACUGCAUUGAUGCGCUGAAACUGGACGCAGCAGCAGUUGCUGCUUCAACUGCCUCUACUAACCCUACAGCUUCCUGUAAUCCCACAUCCCCACCCCCUACAAGCACAUCCUCUCUUACACGUGGCCUCAUUCCACUCUCCCAAGGGAUGACAGAUGGAUGCCAAGUCAUUGCUCCCAACAAAAUACCACCUCCACCUCCACUCCCUGCCUUGAACGCUCCUCUCUCUGAGCGCCCAGGGAUCAGCGGUGGUGGCUUUGUCAUGUCUCCCCCUUACAGACCCCCUCCUCCAGCCACCGCCGUACGUCCCAUUCAGCGCCAAAUGAGUGCGGAUGCAGCCGUGGUUAUUGUAAAUGCUGUGAAGAAACAGUGCAGCACCACAUCUUGUAGCUCCAUGGGUCGAGACAGGGAACGUGGAGGAGCUAGGGUGUACAGCCUGGAUGUUCCUGAGCCAAGGAGCCCAGAUGCCUGUAAUCAACAGCAGCAGCAUUACCCAGACCGAGCCAGUCCUGUGGGCUGUGGGGAGCCGCUGGAGAGGCUGCCCUUAGUGGGGAGUGGGAGCUGUGGUGGAGGGGGUGGUGGUGGUUGCGACAGUGGUGGUGUUGGUGCCCAUCAGGACAGUCAGAAGGCACACCAUUACCAUCAACAACAACAGCAACAAAUACAACAGCAGCAGCAGCUGGAAGUGCAGCAGGACUACCACUGCUCGGAGCACCGCCACUCCGUCCCAGCUCUCUACUAUGAAGGGUCCCACCAGGGCUCCCCAGCCCAGAGAGUUUCUUUCCUAAAGCCCCUGACGCGCUCCCGCAGGGACGCAGCUUCUUACUCUCAGCUUUCGCCUGCCCGACACCAUUCCAGUUACUCUGGCUAUUCCUCCAGCCCAGAGUACUCCACUGAGAGCUCCCUGCGAAUCUGGGAGCGCUUUCGUCCCUACCGGAAAGGCCAGCGUGAUGAGGCCUGUUAUGUGACGGCUGGAAAUGCGCUUCGAAAAAAGGUGCAGUUUGCUAAAGGCGAGGACCUGCAUGACAUCCUUGAUUACUGGAAAGGUGUGUCAGCUCAGCAGAAGCUGUGACUGACUGAGCGCAAGGACCACAGUUAAGCAUGGCGGGAAAGGCUUCAGAUACUUCUCCUGAUCGGCCUCUGGGCCCGAGAAACCAUUUGAAGAUCAUGGGGAGAAAUAUGUGGGACACAAUUUUGCCUUUGGGUCUUUUUUUUGGCAUGCUAGGUGUAUAGAAUAUUGUGCUAAAAGCAAGGACUGUGAAACUGUGCCUGGGAUUUGAGCUUCAUUACAGUGUUUUAUUUUACACUUCAUCGUAGCACCUUUUUUGAAUCAUUCUUACUUAGUGUUUCAGUGUGGGUUUCAUCAUUUAUAGCGUAGGGAGCAAAUGCCAACUGUAUAAUUUUGUACAACUCAAGUGAUCACGUUUUGUGACCAUCUUUAUCAGUGCCAUGUUUUCAUCUGUGCGUGAUUACAGAGGGUAAAAUGAUACCCUUUGUUUAAAUCUUAUGUAAUACAAGAUGUUUCCUGUUUUGUUCUGGGUGGCGCAUCACUUUGCAGCGUCCACAUGGAUAUGUUUAGGCUUCUAAGUGAAGGGAGGCUGUGAUGGGGUGAGAUCUAGGCUCUGUUGCAACUGACAUCAUGCAGAUUAGUGCACAGAGAUGUCAAAUGCAGGCCCCGGCUCUCCUCUCUGAGAUCCUCCUUGAGGCGGAGGUAUUUGCAUCUCAAAAGCAUCUGUCACACAGAUAACGGUAAAGAAAGGAAUAUAUGAACACUGAGAAAACAGUCAAGUGGGCUUGAAGAAAAACACGAGAGACAUUAAAGUGGAACCUCAGCCUGAAUAGUGCAGUGAUUGUAUAGGAAGGCGUUAAACACUAACACUCAAGAAAGGUUCAAAGGAUAUUCUCCCAUAACUGUCCUCAAAGGCAUUUGCCUAAAUAAAGAGGACAAAUUAACCUACCCAUGCUAUAUGCUAUAUGCCUGAUGAAUAAUAGGUUCAUUUAACAGUAAAAGACUAAAUAAAGCAAUGAAUAAGCUCUUUACAAAAGGCCACAAGAGAUAUGAUCCAUAUGUGACCGAGAACAAGAGAAAAUGAGAGCACGAUGGGGGGUAUAAAGGAGAAAGAAAAGUAAUCAAGGGGUCAGCCAGGGAUAAAAACAAUUUUCAGCAGCCGCUGUUAAUGUAAGUAGACUGCGUGCAGGUUAUGGGCAAAAUCUAUUUCACCAUUCAAUACGAGCACUGUGGUACAUUCCAAAUCUUUUCUCCGACAUAGAAAACUGAGCGAGGCACAGAGGGGAAAGGACACUUCUAAUUACUGCCAAUGUGUCUAUUCUGUUCUGGGAGUGAAUGCUGUUGUUGUCUGAUAAUUGAUAACUUAAUUAACCAACUUGUGACAGGCAUGUCCGCUUGCUCUUUAUGCCUCAUGAUUGUGUGUGGCUGUGUGGUACACAGUGGUUGUUGUAAGCGGGUGUUGGCAUGCCUUGUCAAAUUAUAUUCUAUGUGCCCGAACGGAAAUUACUACUUGUCAAUAUGUUGCCUAGUGGCUGGUCGUCUGAACAAUACUAGAUAAUUAAUGGCAUGUACAAAUGUACAGAUGUCAACCAUGAUUAAUGUAUUCUCCUCACAUACACCACAGAACAGUGAUGCUGCAUAGCCAUCACCUAGUCUUUACUCACAUUAGAAUUAUCUGACCUUUUUCUAUCCAAAUGAUCUACUUGUGAUGAAGUGACAGUGUGGCAGAUAAAAUAUCACAUCAUCUGCAAACAAUCAGAGACCUUCUACCCUAAUAAUGUGAAAACUGAUUUUAGAGGUCCUUGCUUCACAUUUUAUUUUCACAGCCAUCUUGAAUAUGUUAUAUAUAUCACGUUAUACUAGAAAUAAUCAUGUUGUCGGCCAUUUUUACUGCUUUCAAGAGUCCAGCAGGACGUAGGUAUACUGUGAGUGGGUUACUGCUCCAUUUUAUUAAAUGAGGAGACUGAUAAAUUGGUCUUGUAUAGCAUUUAUGAACACUGCUUUUCUUCUUUUUGUCUUUUUGUUGAAGAGGAGUGUUAUGCAAAAAUUUACAUACCUCCAUGCGGAUCUGUGUUGAUGUUUUUUACUCUGUUCCUUUUUGUUUUGUGAAACACUUUCCCAAGUUUUAUUAAAGGGCGAGUCCAUUAUUAUUAU